CAAAUUCUAUUGGGCGCUCUCGCAUAUUAAUUUCUGCGCUAUAUUAUACAUAGUAUGUCUCACUACUAUAAAAGAAAGCGUGGCGACACUUGUUGUUUAGUUCCAGCACUCUUCUAGUGGAAUUAACACAUUGAAAACAGAAGAAAUAUUUUGAAGUGCCGCAUAAUGGAUUUGUACUACCUUCCCGCAUCCGCACCUUGUCGCGCUGUCAUCAUGACCGCUGAAGCGCUUGGCAUACAGUUAAAUAAGAAAUUCUUAGAUUUGUUUGCGGGAGCUCAUCUGAAACCGGAGUAUCUUAAACUCAAUCCACAGCACACCGUUCCCACAUUGGUGGACAAUGGUUUCGCAAUUUGGGAAUCACGCGCCAUUAUUGUCUACUUGGCCGAGAAAUACGGUAAAAAUGACAAUUCUCUGUAUCCGCAAUGCCCGAAGAAGCGAGCUCUCAUCAACCAGCGUCUGUACUUUGACUCGGGCACCUUAUAUCAGGCCUUUUUCGACGCCUAUGUUUUGAAAUAUUUAUUCCAAAAGCCUAUUGACGCUGAGAAGGUCAAGAAAAUUGACUCGGCUUUUGAGUUCUUGAACACCUUCCUGGAAAAUCAGACAUAUGUUGCUGGAGAUGCUUUGACUUUGGCGGAUCUUUCGUUGUUGGCAACGGUGUCUUCUUAUGAAGUUGCCGAAUACGAUUUCAGUAAAUAUGCCAAUGUGGCAAGAUGGUAUGAGAACUUGAAGAAGACUGCACCAGGCUGGGAAGAAAACUGGGCUGGCUGUUUGGAAUAUAAGAAAUUAUUGAGCAAAUAAAUGUUAAGCUAAGUUGAUAUUUGUAAGAACUGUGUAUGAGCGAUACAUAUAUAUGUAUAUUAUAAUAAUAAAUAAUAAGAAGAAAUGUAUUUUGCUUA